AUGGUAACCCAAUGUGAUGACCUGUCCCACCUGCCGACUAACCCGAGCAACACCUGUUAUGCUAGACACGGGCCUGCAACAAUCACAUCCACCUCGAGCACCACAACUAUGACACAAACAUCGGCAACUACCACCAGGAGCAUGGGUGGUGAUUCAUCUGAUAUACUGACCAGUCAUCAGAUCAUAACCAUUAUCAAUGGAACCGGACAUGUUGUCACCCCAUCUGCAGUCCCAUCAGCGCCAUGGUCUGCGGCAUCUAACCCUCCAUCUACCUCAAGCAACAUGGCUACAUCGCAGAAUGAAAUGUUAACCACUGAUUCAGGCAAUGUACAAGGGACAGGUAUGCAGCACAAGCACGUAAUAACUGGUGGUGGUGCACUGCCAGUUGGCGAUCACAACUCACCUACAGUUCAUACCAACUUUUCGACUGUACAAACAUCGUCCGAUAUCUCUCAGUUCCAAUCUUCUUCUAUCAUGGCCUUGGGACCUAACCAACGUAAGGUCCAAUCUCAGUCGCAAAGUGGUGAAAACACAGUGUCCGCAACUGCAACUACACAUUCUGCAAAUACUAUGAUGACAACAUCCAGAGUAAACUCAUCAGUAGUUGACACCAGCACAACGGCAACGUCUAUGGCAUCCAAUAUGGUUUCUGAUACCCCACGUAGCCACAUUACAGGCAACCAGAGCGGUCCUGGCUCUGGGCCUGUUUUCCCGGACGCUGACAAAUCGAGCAGCACAGUGCAACCAGCAACAGUGAAAUCCUCCGAGGCCCCCACGACAGCAUCGUCAAGUGUAGUGCCAGGCAUGGCUGCUGGAGUGGGAGCUCUGAUCUUGCUACUUCUGUUAGUAUUGCUUGUUGUGCUGCUGAAGCGCAGAGCCAAGAUGGGAUCAUUCACUCUGCUGCGUCGAACACGUGUAUCGGUGUCUCUUACCAUGAUGAACAGUGCCUUCCAACACAUAUCUACUCAAGAGGAAGAUCAUGAACUAUGGCAGGGUGGCUCGGUGAUGAAUGUCUAUGAAACGUCGACCACUCUGGGAAAUCCCCGCGCCUCACUGGCUUUACGUACAUGUGGUUCCAAGUUCAAUGCCGAUAUUGAUCAAGAUGAGGCAGACGCUUAUCUCAGGACCGCCGAUGAGCUGAACAUGUCCCGGAGACUUUCCACAGAUACGACCGUCACGCUAAUGUCUGUUCACACACAGAGCAGUGAAACAAACCUAUCGGAAUAUAAUGUCGCUGCCGAGUCCCCGAGCAAUUCAGCGUCGAGUGAUGCACAUCUUCCGACAAAAGGAGCAGGUGACGGAGCGAAUUUCCAACCCUCAGCAAAGCCUGCCAAGCGUACUCUACUGGGUCGAAAAGCAUCAGUAGCACCUAGCGUUCCCAUGGAUCUGACAGAAGAGAUAUACACGUCACCAACACGCACACCUCUGGCCGCGUCCCGGGACGAAUCAUCACUGGAUAUUUCACUCAACACGCGAUCAAAGUCAGGUCUUGCCAGCGACACAUAUGCCCUGCCAGUGGACGUCAUUGCUAGUCACACAACCUCAAGGAUGUGCUCCAGCACCUCAAAAAUCACAGACACAUCUGCUGAUCUGCACACGGUACACAUACACCCUGAUGAUGACUAUUGCGCGCCCAAAGAUGCUAUUCACAAAGUCAAGAAGUUUUUGGAAACCGAAUCUAUUGACGUCACAGGCAGGCAUGAUUCGGCUGAACAAGCUGCAGGUGGAACCGCUGGUACACGGACGUCCGCGAAUGAUGACAAGACGAACACGAGCAUGACUGCUCUUGCACAAUCACAACCCACUGUCCCUUUGCAGCAGGGAUCUUUAGGGAACGACUACCUGGAAGGCACCAAACACAGAAGUUUCGACCGGGAACUGGAGUUCCUAACAAAUCUAUUGCAAAGUGAAGCGGCCUCUGGAGACUCGGUAACUGGCAAUCAAGGACUGCUGAAGUCGGAUCACGUGCCCAGUCUUGUGACCGUCCACGAGGAUCCAAUCAAGGUCAGGCCGGUAUCUGCAUCUGAUACUACUCUAUGUCAAACGCCAACCGCUGGGACACAUUCUACAGACGUUGUUUCCACGACCAAGGCAAAUCCUGCCCUUGCUGGACAAACAGCCACUUCGGACGGGUGCAAUGCAAGCCCUGCCGAUGCUGUUAGGCUCUUGGCCACUGACGUGUAUGCUGAGGAAACCUACCAGCUGCCAAACGAUGCUGUGAGGAGCGUCAUUGGAAACACGUGCAGAGAUGACGCCGCCGCUACACCACGUGAGCCGACACAGGUUAGACGCUCAGAGAACAGGCCAACAUCUAUUGCUCUCUCAGACACUUCAGCUCAACAAGGUGUCUUGCUGGUAGAGGAAUAUACCUACAUCAUGCCGGCCGAUUCCAUCAAGCCGGGCACGGUGAAACACACAGCACAAAGCGGCAUAACACCAACAACUGACAGUGAUAUGGUGACACACCAAGCAACAACAAGUACAGUAUCAACUACUGACCCUGGAGCAGACAUUGCGGACGCCUAUCAACUUCCAACAGAUAUCAAGCUAGAGCAAGCAGCAGCCAGCAGGACUGACGAGGCUGGCUUGGAUCCAGGUGACACCUAUGCAAUGCCAGCAGAUGCAAUAGGCGUGCGGAGUACACCUAAAGCAGAGGCACAGAUCGUGGCUCCAUCGAUGAUAGCAGCUCAUAACCCAACUGAUCCCACUCCCAGGCGAGAAGUCUACGCCCAAGUCCAACCCAAGAGUCAACGGAUGCGAGAAACAGGGGAUUCCAAUGUGUCCUCGCAUAGCAGUGGUGCAGGGGAACCCACCAUUGCCACGCCAUCAGUAGCUGGUGCCGCGCCACCCACCAUUCCACGGAGGUACAGGAAGACAUCAUGGCAUGGAGAACAAGCCGAUAUCGAUAUUGGCAACCAACAAUACAAGAGCAGCAAAUGGUCGAACAUGUUUUCGCACGUCAAGCGCAAGAUCUCAGCUGGGAGUGAACGGAGAACUGACAUGAAACAGCCAGGUAGCCCCAGAACCAGCAGGCCACUACCGUCGCUACUGCCUGAAGAAGUCGCUCCAGGAAACCUGAUAAAGAAGAUUGACGAUUCCAAUGCACUGGCAGAAGAACCACAAUACAUGCUGUGUGGACCACAACUGAUCUCGCAACUAUCCAUGCCCUCCGACACUACGUCGCUAUCUAAAAUGGCGGCAGCGUUGCCUGCCCUCCCACGGCGUAACACUGCUCCACCAGCACCCGAGGAUGUGCUGGGCCCAAUCUAUUCCCUAGCAACGACCAGCACUCUGUCAGGCCAAGCCGCAACAGCUGAGAAAGCCCAUGACAACGCCAGUACCAGCAGUUCGAUCACACACGUGCACACAUUCGAAAGCCACCUCGAUCAGGAAAUGUACGCAGAGCUGCAGGUACCAGAUACACCACAGCGGCUCUUGCCGGCAACGGACAAUACUUCACAGAUCGACACCGCCAUGCUACAGAAUACCUCCAACGUGAUCCCAGACUGCAGCUCAGAAGAAGUCUAUGCAGAGAUCGGAGUAGACAAAAUCGACAAAAAAUCUACGUCAAAUGCCGAUUCUUGUUACGCAGCGCCCGUCGAUGCUAUAGUGUCCGCAUGUGCGAGCGAUGGCACUCGUGGACAAGAUGAAACAUACGCAGCUGUAGUUGAUGCCAAAACAUCUGCUUGUGAGAGCGAUAGCACUCGUGGACAAGACGAAACAUACGCAGCUCCCAUCGAUGCCGUAACAUCUGCUUGUGAGAGAGAUAGCACUCGUGGACAAGACGAAACAUACGAAGCUCCCCUCGAUGCCAAAACAUCUGCGUAUGAGAGCGAUAGCACUCGUGGACAAGACGAAACAUACGCAGCUCCCGUCGAUGCCAUAACAUCUGCGUAUGAGAGCAAUAGCACGCGUAGACAAGACGAAACGUACGCAGCUCCCGUCGAUGCCCUAACAUCUGCGUAUGGGAGCGAUAGCACUCGUGGACAAGACGAAACAUACGCAGCUCCCGUCGAUGCCAUAACGUCUGCUUCUAAGAGCGAUAGCACUCGUGGACAAGAGGAAACAUACGCAACACCGCUCGACUCACUGAAUAUUGUGAAGAAGGGCACACCGUCCGAGAGCGAGGAUACAGCGCACGCACAUGCUGCCAACAGCCUGAAAUUGGCCCGAAUGUCACCCAGUUCCACUGCUGAUACUGCAGGCAAAGCAGACACUGGGGCCAGUUCAUUGGGUGUCCAUGGCGUUCCAGUCGAUGCUAUCACCAGCGCACAGCCUGACGGCAAGACCACGUCGCUGCAGUAUCCCGUACAGCAGGAGACAGCUAGCACUGCAGACACGUACCAGGUUCCUGUGGAUGUGAAACAACAGACUACAGCAGCAUCUGAAAACGCCCAUCACAACGAUCAACACCCCGAGUCCCCAGUGGUGCAAACGUGUUGCGACCAUGGUGAUCAUACAGACACUCCGGCCGCUGACAGCAAUGUAUACGCCGAGAUGAUGCCUAGGGGAAAGCAAAGCAGAAGUGUCGUGGAGUAA